UAAAUAAAGCCAGCACGCGGCUCCCAUUUCCGCCAUUGAUAAGGUAGCAAAGCAAUCGAAGAAGAAGAUGUCGGCAUUCUCGAGCACAAGCUCCCUUUCGCUUCCCCUCUUCUCCUACCGCGGAAGGCCCAACGCCGGCCAUCGCCUGCACCGCCGUGGGUGGGCCGUAUCGAUUCCUAGUAGAAGUCCGGCCGAUCUUUCCGUCAAGUCUAUGGCCGGCGAGGGCAGAGACAGUCUCGACCACCUCCAACGAGCCAGCAAGACGAAGCAGCAGCAGGAGCCGCAGCAGCUCAGUGCCGCGAAGAGGGCCGUUGCUUCGUCCUCGCCCAUCGGACUUUGGGACAGAUAUCCUUCUGCAAGGACAGUGCAACAGAUGAUGGACACCAUGGAGAGGAUUUUGGAGGAUCCUUUUGCUUACAGCGGGACAUCGUUCCCUGCUUCGAGCAUCGAUGAAUUCGGGGGCAAUUACAGGAGGGGAAGGAUCCCAUGGGAGAUCAAGGAAGAGCAAAAUGUUUACAAAAUGAGGUUCGACAUGCCCGGGAUGACCAAAAACGAUGUGAAGGUCUGGGUUGAAGAAAACAUGCUCGUCAUCAAGGCAGAGAAGCUGCCCAAGGAAGCAAGAGAAGGCGAAGACGAGGACUGGUUGGCAAAGAGCUACGGUCGGUACAACAGCAGGAUUGCAUUGCCGGAGAACAUCGAGCUAGGGAAGAUCAAGGCGGAGGUGAAGGACGGGGUGCUCUAUGUGACCAUUCCUAAAGCUUCACCUUCCAACAAAAAGGUGAACAUCAGUGUCCAGUGAGGCAUGCUGAUUCACACUCUCUUGUAGCCUUGUUUUGCUCCUUUUUGUAUCAGAAUGUUGGAAGAUGAGAACAAGCUUGGAAACUCAAGGUAAACAAGCAAUCUAGAUGUUAAAUAGAAUUUGGUCAAGAAAUCAAUGAAAUAAUUACAGCUA